AUAAACAUAAUCACGUUCAUACUCCUCCUAUCCCUUGCCCUAAGCACUAUCUUAACUACAUUAAACUUUUGACUUGCCCAAAUCACUCCAGACUCAGAAAAACUAUCCCCCUACGAAUGUGGAUUCGACCCACUAGGCUCCGCUCGCCUUCCAUUCUCAAUCCGAUUCUUCCUAGUAGCCAUCCUAUUCCUGCUAUUCGCCCUAGAAAUCGCACUCCUACUCCCACUUCCCUGAGCCACACAACUUCAAUCUCCUACAUCCACCUUAACUUGAGCCUCUAUCAUUAUCCUCUUACUCACACUAGGACUUGUCUACGAAUGAUCUCAAGGAGGCCUAGAAUGAGCAGAAUAA